UUUGUACAGUUUGUGGCAUUACACAUUUGGAUUUCAGCUAAGCAUACACGCAGGGAAUUUACAAAAUUUUCUGCUGCAGCAACCGGUAACAAAAGUCGUGGCACAGCAAUAGUCAACAGAGCACAGAAGUAAAUACACACAAAUUGCACAAAAUGUUAACUGACGGCUUCGACAUCUUUGAUCCUUUCUUUGUGGGUCCACCGAACAGUGGACAUCGCGUGGAGAUUAAAAUUCCCGAAUGCCCAACCUAUCCGCCACCUGUUUAUGCCACAUGGCCGCCACCAAAGGAGCAUACGAACAAGUCCGUAUCACAGCGCUCGUUGGCGAGCCGAAAGUCUGUGCCUGGGCCUGUCAUCUACGAGGAUGCCAAGUCCCAAAUGGGCGAGGUCGCCAUUUCGAAAGCCAUCAACGAGGAAAUGGCCGCUGCUAAGCGCAUCGAUGCGGGCGGCCAGUCAAAGGUGACGCUGUCCAAGCCUUCGACACACUCAAUCAAAACACUGAUGGGCGUGCGGCCACAGCGCUCGGCAUCGAAGUCUUCAGUGGCAACACAUGUGAGCAACAUUAGCAAGCGCAGUGUGCGCUCCAGGAUAAGCAGCGCUAAAAGUGUUGCCAGCAAAUCGCCCUCACAGCAGACAAUGCGCUCCAAGGCUCCAAGUGAGCUGCAGCACUCAAAGAAGAAUUUCAAUUUGGCCAGCGGUGCAAGUGACAAGGCGUCCAGCAUGACGCUGCGAUCAAAGGCGGGCGCAGUGUCGCAUCAACAAGCGGCGGACAAGCAAUCCAGAGUGUCGAUCAAGUCGAAGGCGUCUCAAUACGGCUCAAAGCUGUCAAUGCGGCCAGUUGGCCAUAACAGCAGCAGCAUAGCUAAUAAUCCGGAAAUGCCGUUACAGCAGCGCGCUGAUGCAGUGCGCAAGGAACUGCUGCUGUCCAUCGAAAAGUCCAAGCAACUGGCCAUACAAGCGGCAGAGCUAACUGCGCGCCUAAAAGCAGGCAAUGAAUAUAAAUACAAUCGCUACGAUUCGCUCAUACGAAUGAGCACAAUGAAUGAGCCGAACGCAAAGUUUCGGGACGAUCGCAUGGCGCUCUGGUAUAAGGACGCAGUGCUAUCCUAAUUUAUGAUAAUAAUUGCUUACGACUUGCUUGUUUAGCAUUCCGCUGACAGUUUGUAUAAUUAAUUAGACUGCGCUAAUAAUUGUGGUCAGCUGCAAAUUGGCAACGUACCGCAAACUAAGCAAACACACACACACACACAUACAAUUGUUUAUACACUAUAUAACGCAUGUGCAUACAUAUUACAUAUAUAUUUAAUUUGAUUGCUAGCAUAAUCCACGUUCAUUCAAAAUUUCCGACAAUGUAUGCUUACUACAAAAUAAAAUAAAAUA